GUAAAUCGUUUUAUCCAAACAGUCAUGUGUUCUGUUGCGAAAAUAUUUUUUCAAAAACUUUAUUGACAAUGAAUUCUACAAGAUUUUUGAGGUUGGCUUCAUCGUCGAUGAGAUUUCAUCAUUUUAUGUAUGCAACUGGGAAAUCAUCGACGGGGAUUGUUGCUGCUGCAAAUGAAAGUUUAUCAAAACAAAUUAUUCGAUUACCCGAAAAACAUCGGGAAAAUUUUGCCGGUGAUAAUGAAAGCAAAAACAAAUUACCAAUGUUAGACUUUCAUCAAUCUAUUCAUCCUUUGUAUUGUGCUGCAUUUUCAUUACAUUUGAUGAUCAAUUCAAAUGCGACCAUUUCGAUUGAAAAUUUUCAAAAUCCAUCCCUUACUUGGAAUCCUAAAUUUAAUGAUAAAAUUAUAAUUCAAUCACCAUUUCCUAAACAAAAUGAACACAUCAUAUGUCCAACAACAACGAAUAAUGCAUCAAUCGAAAAACGAGCCGAUUACUAUAAACAUAAAGAUCCAAAUCGUUUUACUCAUCUAACCUGGGUACGACAUCGUAAAAUGAAAAAACAUCAACGUAUAAAAUGGCGUAAAAAGAAUCUAGCCAUGAUUAAACGUCGUAUACUUGAAAGAAAUAUUGCAAAGGAAAAGCAAUUUCGUGCCGAAAUUCUGGCCCAAAUCAAAGAAGCAGAAGAAUUUGAUCCACGAGCCUAUGUACAGAAUAUAUUGUAUACAAUCGAUAAUGUUCCACAGGCAGAAACACCACAACAAAAAUAUGAACGUUAUCUAGAUUUGAUUCGAAAAAAUCGACAACAAACCAAUUUGGUUAUGCCUAAAUUUGAAAAAAUUGAUUAAUUU